CUCCACGACUGAGCGGGCUUUUUCUUCUUCCUGCGGAGACACACUCACUCUCUCUCUCUCGCUCUCUCUCUCCCCCUCUCUCCCCCCCUCUCUGGAUACGCGCUGUCGUUGGAGGGGACGUCGCUGCCCGUAGGAGCGCGCGAUGUCCAGCAGUCCAGAGUACGGACGGCCCUUCGGCUCCAUUAUGGUGAAGCUUUUUUAAAGCCAUUCCCGGGUUUUAGAGCGAGCAUCCUAGAGGGGUUGUGUGUUUCAUCAGGAUCUUGGGACACACACACACACAUUGAUGUCCGGCCUCUCCCUAUGACAGUAGACCUGGCAGACCUGUAAUCUCUAAAAGAUUGAUGAGGUCUGCGCAGGAGGCCUGGCACGGCGUCGAUAAGGGAGCUUCCAUUUCACCACAUUCUACCCCUCGCUCCCUCCUUUUUUCUUCUUCUUCUCCUCCGUGCUGAGGGAUGCCGGUGCUGGCGUGGAAGCAGGAGAGAGGAUUAUGACACGCCGAGGCCCCUGGGCAAGAAGGACAGUGUUUUAAGAAAAACGGGAAACAUGAACUGCUCUGGAAACAACAACUCUGUUUUCUUCUGUGGCUCCACGUCGGACCGCCGGGCGGUCGCCGAGCAGGACGCCAGAGUCGGUACAUCACUGUCAAACUGCUCGAGCUGGAAUAAAGUGAAACUACAGAGGGACAGUCAGAGCUGAGAGUUGCUAAACAAGCAUCACACAAAUACACACACAGACCAAAACACACAUACACACACAGACCAAAACACACACACACACAGACCAAAACCCACCCAGAGCAUUCCACACAGGACAAUGUGCAACAUCUCCUUCUGUGAUGUGGACAGCCAGGUGGACCAGUUCUUCCAGCCAACGCUCUACAUCAUAGUCAUCGUUCUGGGACUGCCCACCAACUGCAUAGCCCUGUGGGCUGCCUACAUGCAGGUACGGCAACGCAAUGAGCUCGGUAUCUACCUGAUCAACCUGUCAGUGGCGGACCUCCUCUACAUCGGCACUCUUCCUCUGUGGAUCGACUACUUCCUGCAGCACGAUGACUGGAUCCACGGUCAGGAGAGCUGCAAGCUCUUCGGCUUCAUCUUCUACACGAAUAUCUACGUCAGCAUCGCCUUCCUCUGCUGUAUAUCCCUGGACAGGUACCUGGCCGUGGCAUACCCUCUGCGCUUUGCCAAAGUUCGACGUAUCAAAACAGCUGUCCUGGUCAGCGCCAUGGUGUGGAUCAUUGAGAUCGUAGCCAACUCUGCGCCCCUCUUCCACGAUGAGCUCUUCCAGGAUCGCUUCAACCACACCUUCUGCUUUGAGAAGUAUCCCAUGCAGGACUGGGUGGCCGGGAUGAACCUCUACAGGACUUUUCUGGGCUUCCUCGCUCCAUGGACAGCCAUGCUCGUGGCCUAUCGGGGGAUCCUGGCGGCGGUGCGCUGCAACGUCUCAACAGAGCGUGAGGAAAAGGCCAAAAUUCAGCGUCUGGCACUCAGUCUCAUCCUAAUUGUUUUGCUCUGCUUCGGACCGUACCACAUCCUCCUCCUGGUGCGAAGCAUCAUGUUUCUAAGGAAGCCGUGUGACUGCGGCUCAGAGGAGAACUUGUUUGCGGCGUACCAUGUAUCGCUGGCGCUGACGAGCCUCAACUGCGUCGCCGACCCCAUCCUCUACUGUUUCGUCAACGAGGGGGUUCGGCACGACGUUGGCCGAGCCUUCUCGGCUUUACUCUCUGCAGCUUGCAAGAGGGGCUCCUCUUCCUCACCAUCGCACGGGGACAUGCUCCACGCCGGCUCAGUGACUGUAGAUACGCCGCUGUCAGCAAAAAAGCAGACUUUGGUGUACUCCGAUGGAGCCAAGACAAGCAGCUACAAGACAGAACUGGUGGCUUUGAAGGAAGAGUGUCUACAGAUGACCAUCCUCGGCGUUAGGAAGUGACUCCAGCCAGAAAUAAACUGUCUGUUGCCAUGGUAGUAGCCCCUGUGAGAUUGCGAUACAGCAGAAAACUAAGUUAAUGGGUGAAGUACUGGGCUAUUGCUAUAGUGGGGCAUAACCAUGUGUCCUGAGGGUGACACUUGAGGACAUGUUGUGAAUCAAAAGGGAGAAUCCGCUGCACAGCGACCGCUGCAGCACAUUCUGAUGGACAGCUUGCCGGGCUCAGUUCUUCGUCGCGGAUUUGGUUUUAACGUUCAUGACUUCAAGCUGUAGUUUGUCAUCCUCUGCACUGCUGCACCGCAUGCUAAUGUUAGCAUGUCAACAUGCUGCAUUAUCUUCAUUUCCAGAGUAACUUAGUAAGUAAAGUUUAUUUAUAUUGCACUUAUCACAGAUGAAGUGUCACAAAGCGCACUACAGUAGUCAAUUAAAACAAAGUGUCAAUAACAGGGGCCAAAACAUAUCAACAGUUAAAAGAGCAAAGUACAAUACAGAAGAUAAAACAGGCGUAAACAGGUGUGUUUUGAGAUGCAGUUUAAAUGAUGCUGUGGAAUCUGAAAACCUUUAGGGGUGCCGGCAGAGCGUUCCACAGCGUUGGGGCUUCUGCCUCAAAAGCUCGAUCACCACGAGUUUUAAGGCGAGUGUGUGGGACUGACAGAAGGUUUGGGAGGUUGGAUCUGAGAGAUGGCGGGCUGUUGAAUAUGGGUGAAGUCAUUCAGUGCAACUGAGGCGGACAAGGAUUCAGUCGGUAGCCUCCGAGGUGAAGGGUUGGACCAGAGCAGAUUUUGAUCUCAGGAUUCAGCCUCACAACCACAAAUGUUCUCCCAAUCCGUCCUUUCUGUCAGUCUGGUCCAAAGUGUUGGACCAACCGAUCAAAAGACGAGCUGGGGUCCCUACAGUCGUCCCACUGGAAUAAUUCACAAUGCCCAGGAAAACGCUCUCAAAUACUAAAGUGGAAUUAUUUAAACGCUCCACAUCCUGCAUGGAUGAGUAUUGUUCGUGGUCUGAAAGGAGACACGCUUUGAAUCCAAACUGGACCAAGGGAAGGAUUGGGAUUCCACAAAUAAAUGCACCACUUUGAAUUAUGUAAGAAGAGUAGAAGGGUACAAAAAAAUACUAGAAUAAAUAAAACAGAGAUUGUCAAUUACUGGUCAAUAAAAUGUUUUUUGUUGAACCAUUGUAUUAUUAUUUUUGAAUAAAUAAUGAAGCCCUAUGAAGUACCUCAGCUUCUAAACCGUCAUAGCAAGAAGUCUUAGAAGUGUCUCUUACGUUAUGUGAGCAGUGUUUAUCUCCUAUCAUUUCUACAGGCAGCGAAAUUGAUUUAGAACUCCACGAUGACAGAAGAUUCUCAACCAAAGCUUUGAUGUAGCUCGGUUGAAAGUCAGAUGUAUGAGUUAUUGUAACCACAUUAUGUUGAGAGCACAAAUGCCUUAACUGAAACUAUGCUGCAUGAAAACAUCUCCUUCUUCAAUCCUGGCUACGCGCUUGGGCUUUGGUGAAGGCUGCCCACGGUUCACCUGAUACUCUUUACAUUCCUUUCACUUUAACUGUCUCGAAAAUUAGGUCAUUUUUAUUCUCAUCACAUCAAAUUGUACAAGAACGUUUUCAGAUGGUUCUCCCUGGAGGAAAGAAGUAGACGCUCAGUCGUGAUUCAAAUGAGACUCGAGAGAAAUUUCUCUGUAAUGUCAAAUGUGUGAUGAGGAAAUUUAGAAACACUUCACUGGAUAUCCUCAUAUCAUAUCCUCAUCGACAGUGAACAAAAAAUAGACAUUGAGCGUAAGUCUCUUUUUUUAUAUGGAGCUGAAUUUUAUUACGACAAAUAUGACCGUUUAGAUCCACACAUUAGCUGCCAUAUUUUGCCAUAUAAUGACUUUAAUGUCCUGACGUGAGAAGAACAUUUGAGAAAUGUUCACGUGCUGUGCAUAUUUAUCAUAAUUUGACAAUAAACUGACUUGAGCUAUCUUCCUCUUCCUAGUUGGCCGCUUGUUUGUAUGGUAAAUCCCACACAUAGUGUUUUGGCACUGAGCCAUUGCGAAGGCAUUUUCAACAUAGAAAAUCAAGUUUCGAAAUAAUUUUUUUAUUUUGAACUUUUUUUAAAAUCUCGUGUGUUUACUUACAGAAUGUCCAACUGUAUGUUCAUGUUGGGGUUCCUCUGGCCAACAAUUCACUUUUCAAUGGUUAGAAAUGUUUUAGGAAGCGACGAGGUGAUCCCCAGCUACAGCGCUUUAAUGUUGUCUUGGCAUGAAAGCGCUCCUCUACCCAGAGCAACGGUGUGAAAGCCUGGAGGCGUUGCCCUCAGCGCUGCUGUUGUGUACCAUUGUUUUAGUUGUGCAUCCGCAUGUCAUGUCUGAGAGAGGAGGCGCCAGGCUUCAAAAUGUGUAUUUGUGCAUCGACAAUGUCCAUGGGAAAUAAAUUAUGCAUAUGAAAACCGUU